CUUUUUAUUUAAAAUUCUUUUUAACUUCGAAAUUUCACUUCUCCCAAUCUCUGUCUCUUCUCUUCCUCCUAUGAACAAAUAAUAUUUCAAGAAAAUAUAUAAGCAAAUCUCUGAAAGAGAGAGAGACUGUGUGAUUCUUUUGAGUGAUUUGACAGUGCCCAUGUUUCUGUAUAUUGGAUAAGGACCCCUUUACUACUUAUUAUUCAAAAAACAACUUACUCAUUAUCUUCUUUGCCUCUCACUUACUUCAAACUCAAAACGGUGGACUUUCAACCAAACCCUAUAGAAUAGAAAGAGCUCAAGAUGGUCUUGUUGGUGAUUUACUGUUCAAGACGCCGAGCUACAUUAGCUUUGAUGGAUUUAUAGGCUGCAUUAAUGGGAUUUGAUAGAUUGUCAAUAAAAGAAAGUUUGUGGUUAUGGAUUCUCGAGGUGACAGUUCCAGGCUCGGACAGUAUCCGACAAUGUCUUCAUCUUCCUCAACUGCUUUCUUCUCAGCCAACCAAUCUCCUUCAAGAUCUCACAAAAUCCACCAAGAGCUAUCCGAAUCAACUCGGUCUGAUGCUCAUUGUGACAGCUUCGAUCCUCUUACCUCCAGCUCUGGCUUUCAAGACCCUGAGCUCGAGUUACAGCCUCCUCAAUCUCAGAAUCUUGAACCUCAUCAUAACGCUUACACACCUUCUAGGUAUACUCAGACAUCUUCUGCGUCGGUUUCUUACAACAGGGUGAGAUGUGGCGACGUGUUCUUGGGGUUGCACGGACAAAAACCUUCUCUGCUGCGUUUCGCGGACUGGCUCAGAGCGGAGUUAGAGCUUCAAGGGAUGAGCUGCUUCAUGUCGGACAGAGCAAAAUGCAGAAGCUCUCGGAAACAGAGGAUAGUCGAGAAAGCCAUGGACGGUGCUUCCUUCGGAGUCAUCAUCCUAACGAGAAAGUCCUUCAAGAACCCUUACACGAUCGAGGAGCUCCGGUUUUUCGCCAACAAGAAGAAUCUAGUCCCUCUCUUUUUCGAUCUUUCUCGAGAGGACUGUCUCGUGAGAGACAUAGUGGAGAAGAGAGGCGACCUUUGGGAGAAGCACGGAGGCGAGCUGUGGGAGUGCUACGGAGGGAUUGAGAAAGAGUGGAAAGAGGCGGUUAACGGGCUAUCGCGCUUUGAUGACUGGAAGAUUGAGGCUCAUGAAGGUAACUGGAGAGACUGUGUGUUCAGAACGGUUGAGUUGUUGGCUACGAGGUUGGUUGGGAGGAGAAGUGUAGUCGAGAGGCUGGCGAAAUGGCGAGAUAAAGCGGCGAAAGAGGAGUUUCCGUAUCCGCGGAAUGAGGGGUUCGUUGGGAGGAAGAAGGAGCUCUCAGAGCUGGAGUUUGUUUUGUUCGGAGAUGGAGAGGAUUACUUCGAGUUAAAGGCGACAAGACCGGCGAAAAGAAAGAACAAAGUUGUUUGGAAAGAGUCAGAGAAAGAGAUUGAGUUAGUUAAGAAGACGAGGAGGAAGAAGAAGAAGAGAUCGAUGAAAAUCAUCUGCGGGAAAGGCGUGGCGUGCGUCUCGGGAGAAGCAGGGAUUGGCAAAACCGAGCUGCUUCUCGAGUUCGCUUACAGGCAUCACCAGAGGUACAAGAUGGUUCUCUGGAUAGGUGGCGAGAGCCGUUACAUCAGGCAGAACUAUCUUAAUCUUUAUCGGUACUUGGACGUUGACGUUGGGGUGGAGAAUUUCUCCGAUAAAACGCGGUUCAAGAGCUUCGAAGAGCAAGAAGAUACCGCGGUUUCGAGGAUAAGGAGAGAGCUGAUGAGGGACAUACCCUUCUUGCUUGUUAUCGAUAACUUGGAGAGCGAAAAGGACUGGUGGGACUCGAAGCUUGUGAUGGAUCUUCUCCCCAGGUUCGGAGGAGAGACUCACAUUUUGAUAUCUACGCGUCUCUCCAGAGUUAUGUACAUGGAGCCGUUGAGACUCCCUUACCUCUCUGCCGCUGAAGCGAUGGCAUUGAUGCAGGGGAACGUUAAAGAGUAUCCGGUUCAGGAGAUGGAUGCGUUGAGAGUGAUUGAAGAGAAGCUAGGGAGGUUAACGCUGGGACUAGGUAUCGUGGGAGCUAUAUUGUCAGAGCUUCCUAUAAACCCGACCCGGCUUUUGGAUACUAUAAACAGAAUGCCGUUGAGAGAGAUGUCCUCAUGUAGUAGUGCGUUGAGAAGAAGAGUGUUUCUGUUGCAGCUGUUUGAAGUGUGUUUUUCGAUCUUCGACCACGCGGAUGGACCGAGGGGUUUAGCUACCAGAAUGGUUGUCGCGAGCGGGUGGUUAGCUCCGGGGCCUGUACCAGCCUCUCUAUUAGCUUUGGCUGCUUAUAAACUCCCUGAGAAGCACAGAGGAUGUCUGUGGAGAAGACUGAGACGAGCUAUAAGCUGUGGUUUUGCGUCUUCGAAUUCGAAAAGAUCAGGAGCUGAAGCUGCUUCCAUGUUGCUUAGGUUCAACAUCGCUAGAGCUAGUAACGUCAAGCUAGGGUUUGUACAGAUACACGAGCUUGUGAGACUCUAUGCGAGAAAUAGACUGAUGGUGAACGAGACUGCUCCUGCGAUGGUUCGGGCUGUGAUAAACAAAGGCUGGAGCGUUGAAACCGCGGAUCAGAUAUGGGCGGUUUGUUUCUUGCUCUUCGGUUUCAGCAACGAAGCUCCGAGUAUUCAGCUGAAGAUAACAGAGCUGCUGUUUCUUGUGAAACAAGUAAUCUUGCCUCUAGCGAUUAGAACCUUCGUGACGUUUUCGCGGUGCGGUGCGGCCGUGGAGCUGCUCAGGGUCUGCACAAACGCGCUAGAAGCGGCUGACCAAACGCUGGUUAAGCCGGUGGAGAAGUGGUUGGACAAGUCGCUUUGUUGGAGAUCUGUUCAGACAAGUGCUCAGCUAAACCCUGUUCUAUGGGAAGAACUUGCUUUAGCUCGAGCCACCGUGCUAGAGACGCGAGCUAAGUUGUCUCUACGUGGAGGGCAGUUUGGUGUGGCUGAUGAUCUAAUAAGAAAAGCAAUCUUCAUCAGAACUUCUAUCUCGGGUGAGGAUCAUCCUGGGACUGUGUCGGCUAGAGAGACAUUGAGUAAGUUAACGAGGCUUUCAUCUAAUGUUCAUCAGAGUCACAACACUUCACCGUAAUAGAUAGAGAUAGGUCUUUAGGGCUGUUUUCUUGUUGUAAAAGUUAAAGGUUAAGAGUAUCUUUUUUUUUCUUUUUCAUAAUCAUUAUUUUAGACAUAGGAAUUAGAUUUAUACAGAGGGUAAUAAAAUAUAAGUUCUGUCUGCA